AUGAGCAAAGUCAUGGAGACCAUUAAGACCUACGUCGAACGCUACAGGAACGAGAAGUCCGACGCGCCGAUCCUCCUGGAUGAGAAGUUGAGCAUGUCACGUAUCGUCGACUCAGCUAUGGAUGUCAUGCCACGGUCCAGAGUCUUGCAAGGAGGACGUCUUGUGGCGACUUUCAGUCUUGCUGACAUGGGCGAACUCAACUACUUCUCCGACGUCGCAUAUCAUCCAGUGAUCGAAGGUACUGACGAUCGUGUGGACUCCCUGGAUACCGCCGUUCUCGAAAACCUCCGAGAAGUGGUUCGGGUUGAGCUUGAGUGUCAAGUUUGCUACGCUAUUAUGGUUGAUCCAAUCACCACGACCUGUGGACACACAUUUUGUCGACAGUGCGUUGCAAGAGUACUGGACCAUGCGAAUCUCUGUCCGAUUUGCCGUCGGCAACUCCCAAUGGCGCCAGGCCUACAACUCGAACCCAGCAACAAACGUAUCAGUUACAUUCUCGAAGGCCUUCUUAAGGAUGUCCUCGAAGCGCGAAAGGCAGCAAUCGCAUUAGAGGACACACUCGACGAACACGCGAGUAUGCCUCUGUUCCCUUGUACGCUGGCCUUUCCGAUGAUGCCAACCUUCCUUCAUAUCUUCGAACCUCGAUAUCGACUAAUGAUUCGGCGGUGCAUUGAGAAUGGAUCCCGCAAAUUCGGCAUGCUAAUGUACAACCAUCAUCGUAUUGUCCAGGAGGGACUUGGCGAGGUCCAUUACUUGCAAUAUGGCACUGCGCUACAUAUUGACCGCAUUGAAAUGCUCCCGGAUGGGCGGAGCCUCAUCGAAACGCGGGGCAUUUACAGAUUCAAAGUUAUCGGCGGAGAUAUGCUGGAUGGUUACAAUGUUGGCAGAAUACAACGAGUCGACGACAUUCCUAUCGCAGAGGAGGAGGCCAUCGAAGCACGCGAGACUGGCAGUGGUUCGCCUCCAAGCAACGAUCCAACUUCUCAAAUCAACAAGAUGUCUACGCAGCAACUUCUCGACUUCGCUUUAGAAUUUACUGCUGGGGCCAGAGCACGUUCAGCACGUUGGCUUCACCAACGAGUCUUGGACGCCUACGGUCAACCACCCACGGACCCUGCUAUAUUCCCGUACUGGUUUGCUAGUGUCCUUCCCAUCGCGGAGGAGGAAAAAUACCAGCUUCUCCCAGCAACAAGCGUACGAGAACGCUUAAAGAUAACGACUCGGUGGAUUCAACGGCUGGAAGCCGCCCGAUGGUGA